GAAGUAGAAAGCAUUUAACUUCCCUCAACUCCACUCUGCGAGGACAGUAAUGAUGAUAAACUUCGACGUAUUUUUUUACAAUUUUGACACGCUGACUUUAUUCCAGCCAGAAAGCCGCUGUUAGCCUGCGGAUGCUAAUUUCAGCCAGCCCAGAGCCACAGUGAACGCUACCGCACACAAGUCCUGGUCGCUCUUGUUUGUUUUAAUUUCCCCACCGAUGCCGCCCCAGAUCAGUGAGUGAUGUGGAAAUCAACUCUACAAGCGUUUAGUGUUUUGCUUUUGGCCUGGUUCAUCGGGAACUUUGUUCUAAGCUGGUUUCAACAGAAUAACGUCAAACCUCAAACGCAACACAACAAGCAUCCAAACAGAGCCUCGGACAACCAGGACCAGAGCUGCCUCUGCCAUCUCACUGGAGUCCUGGAUGACUGUUUCUGUGAUGUGGAAAGCAUCGACGUCUUCAACAACUUCAAGAUUUACCCUCGCAUUAAGAAGCUGACUGAGAGAGACUACUUCAGAUACUACAGGGUAAACCUGAAGCGACCGUGUCCAUUCUGGCCAGAUGACGGACACUGCUCCAUCAAAGACUGCCAUGUGGAGCCCUGCCCAGAGAGUAAGGUUCCUGUGGGCAUUAAAUCUGGGAACUACAACAAGUACUCCCAGGCCACCAGUAGGAUGUCAGACGUGGCAGAGUGCGAGCAGGCCAAAGAGCUCGGCGCCAUCAACAGCACCCUGAGUAACCAGAGUAAAGAGGCUUUUGUUGAUUGGGCGAGACACGAUGAUGCUCAGGAUCAUUUCUGUGAGCUGGACGAUGAGACAUCUCCAGACUCCGAGUAUGUGGACCUGCGAUUAAAUCCGGAGCGAUACACCGGUUAUAAAGGACCUUCUGCCUGGAGAGUGUGGAACAGCAUCUACGAGGAAAACUGCUUCAAGCCCAGAUCAGUGUACCGGCCUCUGAACCCUCUGGCUCCCAGUAGAGGAGAUGAUGAUGGAGAAGGUUUCUACAACUGGCUGGAAGGUUUGUGUUUGGAGAAGAGAGUUUUCUACCGACUCAUCUCAGGCCUCCACAGCAGCAUCAACAUCCACCUGUGUGCUGAGUAUUUACUGGAUGAGGGCUGGGGCCGGACAGUGUGGGGUCCAAACAUCCAGGAGUUCCGGCAGCGCUUCGAAACAGCAGAGACGAAGGGGGAGGGCACCCGGCGGCUGAAGAAUCUCUACUUCCUGUACCUGAUAGAGCUGCGGGCCCUCUACAAGGUGGCGCCGUACUUUGAACGAGCCUUCGUCAACCUGUACACUGGAAACGCUCCGGAAGACGGAGACACGAAGGACCUGCUGCUGCAGGUCUUCAACGAGAUCAAAGCUUUCCCAAUGCACUUUGAUGAGAAGUCCAUGUUCGCUGGAGACAAAAUUGAGGCCAAAAUGCUAAAAGAGGAGUUCCGCCUCCAUUUUAAGAACAUCUCUCGGAUCAUGGACUGCGUCGGCUGCAGUAAAUGUCGACUGUGGGGAAAACUUCAGACCCAGGGUCUGGGUACAGCUCUGAAGAUCCUCUUCUCUGAGAAGGAGAUUAAGAACCUGCCUGAACACAGUCCAUCUAAAGGCUUCCAGCUCACCCGACAGGAAAUCGUGGCCUUAAUUAACGGCUUUGGCAGGUUGUCCACCAGCAUCUAUCAGCUCCAUAAUUUCCGCGUCAUGUUGAAGGAACAGAGGUAACAGGAGGAGACGCUCCACCUGAGCAGCAGGCAGCACAGUCCCAGAGAACUGCAGCAGCCCAAGUCUGUUCCCAAAAAGAAGCAAUGAACCAGACUAAAUCCUUUCCUCCCAUUUUGAUCCCACCAAUCUCUGCGUUUUCCUCCCGGUAACAUCCUCCUUUUGAUCGAUCGGGGUGUUUAGUCUUCUGCCUCCAGCUGCCUUUGACAGAAAAUCCUUGAGGUUGUUAAAACUUCAUCAGUUGUUCCAAACUUUGGUCUUUUCCAACAGUUCUGGUGUGUUUGGAGACGUUAAUUCUGGAGAAGCAGGUUUGUUCUGAUUGGACAGACUGAAUCAUGACAGACACACCCUCUCUCUCUCUCUCUCUCGCUCUCUCUCUCUGCUAACAUUCUGUAGGAUUUUAUAUUCAUGAAUCUGAUUCAAAUCUCGGCGGCUUUGCUGUAAGGUGCAGAAAAACGUGGUUCUGAUGAAGAACUCUUAGUUUCACUCUAGUUUUCUUUCUUUUCUUUUUUUCAUUUUCUCUUUCUUUUCUCAUCUAUUGUUUUUAGAGCAGCUUGUUGCUCGGAGCCGGAGGUUUUGGACCAGUCUGCCCAUGUUUAUGUUCCCAGGCCUGAGUUUUGUCACCUCAGUAGAAGAACCAGCUUUACUUGUUACCGGCAGCCUUGUCAGUGGGCUGUCACCAGAGCCGAUGGGAGGUUUUCCAGUCGUGUUGCAGGUUGUCAGACGUUACGUGACCACUUUGCUGGUGUCAAAGUUUAAUCAGCCGUUGCCGCCUGUGUGAAAGACAUCCACUCCUAGAGUCUGAGGUGAGGGUUGCCUCCCACCCGGCGGUCCAGCUGUACAUCCUGGUAUUAGCUCGAGUCGUCUCAUCAGCUUAAAGGUUGUUUCACCUGAGGUCUGGUGGCACAUGUCGGCAGGAUUUAGAGGCUGGUUCGGGUCCUCAAGGUCCUACAGUUUUUAGAUUUUUCCUGCUUCAGCACGUGAUAACUAAACAUUGAUUCAAUGAUUAAUGAGCCAACAGAGUCGAUCUAAACAGAAAAUAUGGAGCAAACAUGGAUACAGGAAUCUUUUCCAUGAUGUGAACAUUUAAAAGCGCAACAACAACAUUCAGUUUUUAUAUUUAAAAUAAAGAAAGUUUUCUUUAAACUGCCUGAUUAAUUGAUAUGUGACAUCGUCUCAUAUCAAUCUGAGUCAAGUUCAGUCUCAGUCGUUUCAGGACAGAAUUUGAGACAUCAGCCAACAUUGAAUCGCUACACUGAUCGAUAAAUCCUGUCAUGAUCAAACUGGUGUUUUUACACUUUAACUCGACAACAUGGAGUUCUGCACCAACCGGUUAAUCUGGUGGAACAUCUAAAGCCUCCAGGACCAGAACUACACGUCCCUGAUGUAAAGUUUUAGGAAAGGCCUCAUAUAACUUUCCUCUGUGUUUGUGCAGCUCCUCAUUCGGUUCCUGUACAACGAGGAGAGGUGGAAAAAUGAGAAAUACCUUGAGGAAAAAGAAACAAGUAAAAUCUGCAUAAAGGAGGAGUUUAUAAAUCUUAUCAUAGGAAUCUGAGACGAUGUGGAGAGAGGGAGUGUUUCUGUUGCAGCUAUAAAAUAUGUAAAUUAAUUUCCUCGUAAAUCCGUAUAAACUCGAUAGGAGAAGCAGGUUUAUGCUUCGUGGGAAACGUUUUGUGUUUGGAUGAAUGAGCCGUGUUUGUUCCUUCUUGCUGCUGUAGAUUUUGUCGCGGUGCCACUGAGGGUUUAUUUUUUCUUUUAUUUGCUUCAGCUGCUUUAAAACCGUCAGAUUUCUGUUUGAAUGAGUCUCUCGUGCUCGAUGCUGACUACUAUAAAACGUUCUCAUGACAAAGAAACGUGUUCAAGCUGCAGCAGUUUCUGAUUUGUCGACAAGACUGAACUUUUCUCUGGUUUCUUUCCAAUGUAAAGAGUUUAUUAAGUUUUUAAUGUGAAGGCGACAUAAAAACAAGCAAAGCAGAUUAAAUGUUGGAGGAUUUUGACAGAACUAAGCUGUGUGACCACCUCAGACGGCGGUUUCUAACAUCGUCACCACUAAAGCAGCUGAAUAAACUUGUAUUAUGACAGGAUUGGUUGUAUUUUAGGACAAAUGUGGGAUUUGUUGUUUGGGAUGCUUCACUCCUCAGCUGUGAUGAAUGGAGCUCUGCUGUUAAUGAAAAAUCUCUAUAAAAUGACAAACAUGUUUUGUUUUUGUUUUUUUCUGUUAAAAGCCACAUUCAGUCAGGCUUGACAUUACUGGGAACAAGAAAGCCUCUUCAUCACAAGUCUUCUUCAGUUUGAUAGUAAUGGGUUCAUUAUUUUUAAUUUAGCUGCAUUUAAAGGCAUAAAUUUAACUGAAUAUGUUGAAUUCUGGAGAAAAGAAAAGGAAACGCCAGAUGGAACUGAUCCAUGUGUUUUCCUGUUCCUGAGUUGAAUCCUGCUGAAUGGACUUUUAUCAGCUCUGUAACAAAGUGGGCCAAAGAUUUUAAGUUGCCUUUAAAUUAAUUUAGUUUAUUUUUGUUUGCUUGACCAGAAAGUGUUUUGUCUUCUGUUUAUUCAUUAUUUGAUCACCUCAGCUGUGCUUUGCUCAUGUUACAGUAAGUUUUGCUGUUGUAUUUUUUUCCUGGUCAUAAUAAAAGAUUUAGUCAUCAUUUUCAUGUUUACCAGUAAAAAAAUAAAAUGUAGGG